AUGUCUUCCAGCUUAUUUCCGCCGCCCGCCGGAACUCCAAUGUCGGCCUCGCCUGUCCUGGAGGGAAUAGCUGCCGUCGUGGGCGAGGAGGUCUUGUACGGUACCAGCUACAGGAACCGGGCGAUGAGCAUCAACAGCACACGCGCCGCCGGCCCCCAGCACCACCCGGCGGCGAGGAGCUUCCGAGGGGUGAGGAAGCGGGCGUGGGGUCGGUGGUCGGCGGAGAUACGGGACAGGAUAGGGCGGUGCCGCCACUGGCUGGGGACGUUCGACACGGCGGAGGAGGCGGCGCGUGCCUACGACUCCGCCGCUCGCAAGCUGAGAGGAGCCAAAGCCAAGACCAACUUCGACAUCCCUUCCGUCAUCCCCGCACCGAUCAGAAAGCGGAGCAGCAAGAGCCGCGGCGCUGGCAAUCACAGCAGCAACAACGACAACAACAACAACAACAACAAGUGCGCGGUGGUGACGUCAACUGCUCAGCUGUUCGGUAGCAGCAGCUGUGGAGGUAAUAGUCAUCAUGCCGUCAUGACCAGCUCUGCCGGCAGCGGCGGAGGUGGUAAUAGUGGUGGGAAUAUGAGUAGUGGUAUGGUGGAGCUGGAGCUGAAGUUGGGAGUAGGUGGUCAAGUAGGGUUUCGUUGGUAUGAUCUCUAA